GCUAACAUGAAGGGGAAUUGUUUCACUUUCAUUCCAGACCACUUUGAUUUCCCUUCAUUUGUGUGUUCCUUUAAACCCGUAAGUGAUUAACAAACCAGCAGCUCAAACUCCUAGGAACAAGUAGACAGAUGUCAAAAAUACUGGAGUAUAUCACACAGAAUACUCCAGAACAUAGUACUGACAGCUUUCCUCAGGCCACGGAUCCGACCUUCUCUUCUGCAAUUCAUGACAAACUUCAGGUGCCCAACACUACCCGGAAGGCAUGGAAUGAGAGAGACAACCGGUGUGAUGUGUGUGCUACUCAUUUGAACCAGCUGAAGCAGGAAGCUAUUCAGAUGGUACUGACACUUGAACAGGCUGCCAACACUGAACAUUGUGAUGCUUCUCCUGGCUCCCCUCCUCCCCUUCCCAAUAUUCCCACCUUAGUGGGCUCAAGACAUAUGGGCAGCCUGCAGCCCAGGGACUGGGCAUACAUGUCUGCUCCAUAUGCUACAUCCAAUUAUGCUGGCUUUCUGCCUAACAAACUCAACGCGAAACAGAACAACAUAGGGAUCGUUAAUGGGAUAGAGAAGAAAAAUGGUUCCUUGGGACAUCAGGCAAAGGUCAGUGUACAGAUGGCCACCAGUCCCAGCAAUGGUAACAUCCUGAAUUCUGUGGCUAUCCAGGCUCAUCAAUACCUAGACGGCACCUGGUCCUUGUCAAGAACAAAUGGCGUUACUCUGUAUCCCUAUCAAAUUUCCCAGUUGAUGACUGAGACUGGUCGAGAGGGACUGACUGAAGCCGCACUGAAUCGCUACAAUGCAGAUAAACCCUCUUUAUAUAGCUUUCCUGGUUCCCAAAGCACCUGUGUUGCCAGUGACACGUCAACAGGCACCUCAGUGGCAGCCUCCUUUUUUGCCAGAGCUGCUCAGAAGUUGAACCUGUCAUCCAAAAAAAAGAAACAUCGGCCUUCUACAUCUUCUGUUUCUGAAUCUCAUCUAUUUGCUACCAAGUUCAGUACUAUCCUACAGACUUCUCCUCCACCAGCUCCACCAUGUUUGCUAAGGGCAGUCAACAAAGUGAAAGACACUCCAGGAUUAGGCAAGGUGAAGGUCAUGGUGCGCAUUUGUUCUACCCUGGCCAGGGACUCCUCUGAAUCCAGUUCCUUCUUAAAGGUUGAUCCUCGUAAGAAGCAAAUUACUCUUUAUGACCCAUUGUCUUGUGGAGGCCAGAACGCCUUCCAAAAAAGGAGCAGUCAAGUGCCGCCCAAGAUGUUUGCAUUUGAUGCAGUUUUUCCUCAAGAUGCAUCUCAGGCUGAAGUAUGUGCAGGAACAGUAGCUGAAGUGAUCCAGUCUGUGGUGAAUGGUGCAGAUGGAUGUGUAUUUUGCUUUGGACAUGCCAAACUAGGAAAAUCCUACACUAUGAUUGGAAAGGAUGAUUCUAUGCAGAACCUCGGCAUAAUCCCUUGUGCUAUCUCAUGGCUUUUCAAGCUGAUUAAUGAACGGAAAGAGAAGACAGGAGCCCGUUUCUCAGUCCGAAUUUCAGCAGUGGAAGUGUGGGGAAAAGAAGAAAAUCUGAGAGAUUUGCUGUCAGAGGUGGCGACAGGCAGCCUACAAGACGGCCAGUCCCCUGGUGUCUACCUUUGUGAGGAUCCAAUUUGUGGCAUGCAGCUACAGAAUCAAAGUGAACUCCGAGCUCCAACUGCAGAGAAAGUGGCCUUCUUCCUCGAUGCAGCCAUUGCCUCACGACGAAGCAGUCAGCAAGAUUGCCGGGAGGAAGAUCACAAGAAUUCUCACAUGCUCUUCACUCUGCACAUCUACCAGUACCGAAUGGAGAAGAGCGGAAAAGGGGGAAUGUCAGGAGGCCGUAGUCGCUUACACCUGAUUGACCUAGGCAGCUGUGUUAAACCCCUCAGCAAAAAUCGUGAAGGAGGAUCUGGGCUCUGUCUUUCAUUGUCUGCAUUGGGCAAUGUCAUCCUUGCCCUAGUCAAUGGCAGCAAACACAUUCCAUACAAAGACAGCAAGCUAACCAUGUUGCUCCGGGAGUCCCUUGGGAACAUGAACUGCCGUACUACCAUGAUAGCUCACAUUUCGGCAGCUGCAGGGAACUAUGCUGAAACACUUUCCACCAUCCAGAUUGCAUCCAGGGUCUUAAGAAUGAAGAAAAAGAAAACGAAGUACACAUCAAGCUCUUCAGGAGGAGAAAGCUCUUGUGAAGAAGGGAGAAUGCGAAGACCAACCCAACUGAGACCUUUUCAUUCUCGGAAUGUUGUUGAUCCAGACUUCCCCAUUCUUCAUUUGUCAAGUGACCCAGAUUAUUCUUCUAGCAGCGAACAAUCAUGUGACACUGUCAUUUAUGUUGGCCCCAAUGGCACAGCCCUUUCAGACAAGGAACUGACAGAUAAUGAAGGCCCUCCUGAUUUUGUCCCCAUAGUUCCUGCCCUUCAGAAAACCAAAAAUGAAGGCAAGCUGGAGGACAUGAGUGAGAUAGCCCCUAACACCUCUGAGAGAGACUGCUUGAAGUGCAAUACAUUUGCGGAACUCCAGGAAAGGUUAGACUGUAUUGAUGGCAGUGAAGAGACAGACAAAUUUCCUUUUGAAGAACUGUCUGUUCAGUUUAGCUCAGACCAAGUGACCAAGUGCCCUAUGUCAGGCCAAGAGGCAGAGCUCAGUAACACAUCAGAGCCAAGCAAGGAAGAGGACUUGGCAGGCUGCCAAGAAACUGACAAAGAUGUCAGGGAAAAUCUAAAUGCAACAGCCAGCAAAAUUCAGGGAAGUCACUCACCAGAGGUUCCCACUCCUCCAUCUCCUAGGAGUGUUACAGGCAGCCCUAGUAGCCAGAUUAACUGUUCCCAGCAGUCCCAUUGCACAGAUCUACACAGCAGCCGAGAAAGUCUUCACACCUGUGGCUUUGUAGAAAGCAAACCUCGGCCCAUGGGUUCACCACGGCUUGGUGUUGCAAGCCUUUCCAAGACAUCGGAGUACAAGCCACCAACUUCUCCUUCCCAAAGGUGCAAAGUUUACACCCAGAAAGGGGUAUUGCCCAAUCCUGCACCUCCACCAUCAUCCUUAAGCAAGGAUUCAGGGAUGGUGUCCAGUGAAUCUCUGAUGCAGCCAGAGAUCUGCACUCCUCCUAUUGGAAUGAGCCCACAGAUCAUGAAAAAGUCAGUGUCUUGCAGCUGUGCUGAUUAUGGAGAUUCCAUUGACAGUGGAGAACAGCAGCAACAACCUCUUUCUCCUGAGUCAAAGAACAAGAUUUUGAGCACCACCAUGGUCACGGUGCAGCAGCCUUUAGAGCUAAAUGGGGAAGAUGAGCUGGUAUUCACCCUGGUUGAAGAGCUGACCAUUAGUGGGGUUCUGGAGAAUGGGCGGCCGACAAGCAUAAUCAGCUUUAACAGUGAUUGUUCUGUGCAGGCAUUGGCCUCUGGUUCUAGGCCAGUUAGUAUUAUCAGCAGCAUUAGUGAAGAUCUUGAAUGCUAUGCUGGUACAGCUCCUGUAUCUGAGGUCAGUAUCACCCAGUUUAUGCCUCUCCCAAUAAUGGGACUGGAUCACAAAGCUGAAGAGGCUGAAAGCAGGCGCUCAUCUAUUAGCUCGUGGCUGAGUGAAAUGAGCACUGGCAGUGAUGGUGAACAGUCAUGUCACAGUUUCCUAGCACAAACCUGCUAUGGACGUGGGGAAGCACUGGCAGAAGCUCCUGUUUCUGAGCUUGCAAGAGCCGUACAGAAUAGCAGCACAAUUUAUACAAAUGACAACCAAAAGCCAGCAACUGAGGAUAUAUUUGUACUGCCAGAGGUGGUUGACGAAAGUCUUAAUAAAAUGUCACCUAGCAAAAGUUGUAAAAUAUCAGCCCUGGGAAAGACUAUGGUCGCAAUAUCAAACACCACUAGCCAAAGCGGUUGUGAAAGCUUCAUUCCCAUGAAGACAAACAUUACCCUUUAUCCAUGUAUUGCUGUUAAUUCCUUUAAGGCACAAGAAUCUUAUGAGGCCAUAUCGGCAAUAUCAUCACCAGCAAAAAUCCCCCUUCCUCAAGAGAUGAAAGACUCCAGUGUAAGAAAAGAGAUAAAGUUUGAUGAUCCUUGGCUAAAGAGGGAAGAGAGUGUGAAAAAGGAAAACAGUGUCCCCAAAUCUGAAGCCAUAAGUCAGCAAAAUAAGAAGCAGAACUCAGCAGACAGGCUUAGUAGCAGUAGUGGAGAGACGUCUAGCUCCCCAGGAACUGAAAACCUGAAGAGGGUUGUAGAUGGAUGUGAAACAGGACUGCCCACUCCUGCAACCCACAGCCCAGCUCAUUCUACUGAGAGCUUGAAAAAUGGAAGCCUCACAAGAGGGCUUCAGAAAUCCAACAAGCUGGAGGAAUUGGAGGCGGUUUCCUAUCAUUACAUUGAGGAGAGCAAUGUUAGCUGUUCGGUGGCACCCCAGACUUCAAAAGCUAGCCUGGAAAGAAGGAUUGCAUCUCCCAAACACUGCGUUCUCACACGUCCAAAAGGAACGCCACCAUUACCUCCGGUGAGAAAAUCUAGCUUAGACCAGAAAAACAGGGCCAGCCCUCAGCACAGCUCUUGCAGUAGCAGCACCAGCAGCCCUUCAAACCAACCAGCAUCUUUUUUGGGUAGUUUUCCCGAUGAGCUAAAUGGGAAACAAAAGGGUUCCAGUGUGGAGAAUGGUAACAAUAGUAGCAGUAAAUUAUUUAGUGCCAAACUUGAACAGCUGGCCAGCAGAACCAAUUCCUUGGGAAGGUCCAGUGGGAGCCAUUAUGAAUGCCUGUCACUGGAAAGGGCAGAGAGUCUGUCAUCUGUCAGCUCCAAGAUGGGUCCUGGGAAAGACACCACAAUGCCCAGAGCUGGGAGGAGUUUCAAUCGCAAUGCAAUGUCCUCACCAACAAACUCAAGCACUUCUCAGUCUGCAGGGGCCUCGCCAAAGGCCAGUCAAUCAAAGAUCUCUGCAGUGAGCAAACUCCUCUUGGCGAGUCCUAAGGCUCGAAGCCUGGCUGCCUCAACCACCAAAACACUUAGCUUUUCUACCAAGUCCCUUCCUCAGUCUGUGGGACAGAGCUCAAGUUUGCCUCCCAAUGGAAAGAAUAUGUCCUGGUCUACUCAGUCUCUCAGCAGGAACAGGGGCUCUGGUCUCUCUUCAAAACUGCCCCUUAGAGCUGUCAAUGGAAGGAUUUCAGAACUUCUGCAAGGAAGCACCGGCACCAGAGGGCUGCAGUUGCGCAGGAAUUCAGACACAGAUGAGCGCAGUGCCAUUCAUGGAGAUGAAAAGCCAACUCUUCAUCUGCUGCCUUCACCUUACAGCAAGAUCACUCCACCAAGGAAGCCUCACCGCUGUAGCAGUGGCCAUGGAAGUGACAACAGCAGUGUCCUUAGUGGGGAGCUGCCACCUGCCAUGGGGAAAACAGCCUUAUUCUAUCACAGCGGAGGAAGCAGUGGGUAUGAAAGCAUGAUGAGAGACAGUGAAGCAACGGGAAGUGCUUCCUCAGCACAAGACUCUAUGAGCGAGAACAGCAGCUCUGUCAGUGGGAGGUGCCGAAGUCUCAAAAAUCCAAAGAAGCGGUCAAAUGCAGGUUCUCAGAGACGGAGGCUCAUCCCAGCUUUAUCACUUGACACAACAUCUCCUGUAAGGAAACCUACCAGCCCAGCAGUACGCUGGGUAGAUGGACCCCUGAGAAGUUCCCAGAGAGGAAUGGGAGAGCCCUUUGAGAUCAAGGUCUAUGAGAUUGAUGACGUGGAGCGGCUCCAGCGAUGGCGCAUGGGGGACAGCAAUGAGGUGAUUUGCUUCAACGGUAAACUGAAAAUCUUGGAGCACCGGCAGCAGAGAAUUGCAGAGGUCAAGGCCAAGUACGAGUGGUUAAUGAGGGAGCUGGAAGUGACCAAACAGUACCUGAUGCUGGAUCCUAAUAAAUGGCUCAGUGAAUUUGAUCUGGAGCAAGUAUUUGACUUGGAUUCCCUAGAGUACUUGGAGGCUCUUGAGUGUGUGACUGAGCGACUAGAGAACCGUGUCAACUACUGCAAGGCCCACCUCAUGAUGAUCACCUGCUUUGACAUCACUUCUGGGCGUCGAUGAAGAAUUAACCUCAAGGCCGUUUUGGACUACUGCCGCUCCCCUUUCUCCCUUUUCAACAUCACCCCAAAGACUUAGAACGAGAAUGAAGGUUGGUGUCAUGUUUUGCUGUGUUUGUGGAAGAAAUUUUUCCCCUCCAUUAUGCCGAAGAGCCGUACAUAAAUUGACUAGACAAUGAUAAUGAAAAGCAAAGACCCUGAGAAAUAAGGAUGUGGAGUCUCCUGGCCUGAAAGAGCACUUUGAGAAACCUUUAAGGACAUGUUUGUAAAUAGGAACUGCUGGCAGAAGUGACUUUUCCUCUCAACAGUAACGGAAGAGGGAGGAAGAGCAGGUGUAGGACUUGACCGCUGCUGAGAGCACCAUUAAAGUAAAAAUACUUGGAAAGACUGUCUUAAGUGCCUUGCAAAUCUUUAUUAUCCAAACAUUUCUGUUCAUACUUUCUUGUGUACAGAUGGUGCUAGUCAAGAAAAAGAAAAAGACAAAAAAUCAAAAACAUUUUUUUGAAAUGUAUUUACAGGCUGUUUUUUCCCUUCUCUUGGUGUUUUAUCCUAUUUCUGACUUGCUGUUUCUACGUAACUUGUGUUUGUAGAGAUAUUUCUUAACUGAUACAGCAUAUAAAUAAAUGUUAAGUGUCUUUUAUUGUUACACGCCAGAGUAAGGCCACUCAAAGAAAAAAAAAGUAAAGCUCAUAGAUUAAGCCCAAAAUAUCUGAGAGUAAUGGAGGAGGAGAGGUCUGCUGUGUUACUAAACAACAUAAAUGUGGAUUUUCUGGCAAAUAACAAGACUUGAGUUGAUCUCGCUAGGAAAAUUGGUGUCUGUGGCUUUUUAUUGUUGUUGUGGGCAGUUGCUGUUGGCACUCAUAUUGUGAUACUUACACCACAGCUUUUCAUGGAUGUUCAAAUGAAGGCUAUUACUAUUUCUGUUAUUUCAUGUAGACCACUUGCUCUUUUUUUCUGGGGUGCUUCUAGUCUUUUCCUAGAGAUGCCUGUAUUUGGUUAAGGAGAUACUAUGAAUGAUUCUAUAUUUCUUAUAGCUGCAAGGUCUACGAAAAUAAUAAUUGUUUUGGUAGAUCAGACCAAGAUCAGUCUACUCCAGCCUUCUGUUUUCAGCUCCAAGAGUAGCCAGCCCAGAUGACUCAGUAAACUUAGAAACAGGGCUUGAACAUUAUAAACAUCAACUGUUGUUUUGACCCCAGUUUGUGGUAUACCUGCCCAGUCCCACCCAGAAAAUAUUCCAAUUGUAGAUCUGUUGUAGGACACUAUUGCAUGGGUGGGUAACUUGUGGCCCUCCAGAUGUUGUUGGACUCCAACUCCAAUCAGCACCAGCUACCAUGGCCAAUCGUCAGGCAUGAUGGGAUUUGUAGUCCAGCAACAUCUGGAAGGCCACAGAUUCUCCACCCUGCACUAUUGGAUGGUAUGUGACCAUGAAAGUAAAACUGGAGUAAAACUGGAAGUAGAAGUCCUAAUCCUGUCCACUUGGCAUUGCAAGACACAACAGUGCAAAUAUGACUUUGGAGAAAGGAAAUAAUCAUCCCUAGGUGGAUAGCUUUGUGUGUGUGUGUGUGUGUGUGUGAGAGAGAGAGAGAGAGAGAGAGAGAGUUGUUACUCUAAGGGAAUACAGUAUCUAAAAUUCUGUGCCCAGUAUAAUUAGAUAAAAAGACGGACACACUACAGGUUGGGGGUAACAGUCCUGCACUUUCUAUAGAUAGGCUAUAAAAUUUGUAACUUUUUGGAAAAGUAUCAUUGUAUGAAACAUUUUCCAGUGUAGUUUUCAAAAAAGAAAAAGCCAUGAACGAAUGUGUUUUUUCAUAGAUAAACUGAUUUCAAAAUGUUCCAUUAUUUUUAUUUUUGCAUCUAGAACCAGAGUUUUAUAUGAGGGUUGUGAAUUCUGCUUAGCUUGGA